UACGCGUCCAUCUCCAUCUGUCCAUCUUCAUGUGCAAUUGUGCAUCGACCAGCAGUGGAAGACUUCGGUCCAUAGAGUCAUGAUCAUCCGCGCCGCGUCUGUCUCGCUUUUUCAAUUUUCUCCCACCACUUCUCUAUUAUCAUUUAUCAUCCCCCUACCAUACGAAUACGUUGUUGCAACUGAAAACUAGCUCCUCUCUUUUGUUUACUUAAUUUACACACGCUCUGUUCAUCUCUCUCUUUCUGCAUUAUUUUUCACAACUCACCAGUCACCAUUCAUCAGACGCUACAGACGACAGAAACACCCCUUCUUCGUUAUUAUUGUUUCGAGACGAUCACUUGAAUUGUCUCAUUAUCUCCUCCCUUUCUUUUAAUUAAGCGACAGUCGAUAGUUGUCUAUAUCAAAUAACAGGUGGGCAACACAAGCAAUCCCCAUCUAAUGGUUGAUAUUAACCACAACCAGUGAGGCCAUGAUAUCACAUGAAUGAAAGGCACCAUCAUCCCCAGAUAUAGUUCGCGUCGUCUCAAUUUUCUUGAACGAAUGUGAAACAAGAAAAGGAACAGGCAGAGGAAGAAGAAGAAGAAGAAGAGCAGUUGCAGAAGGGGAAAAAGAAUUACAGAGCAGCAGCCAAAAACUUCCAUCAAUUAUCAGCGAGAGCGAACUACCCAUUGCUUACGCAAUUCAACUCGUGGCCCUUUGAUAUAACCCCUUUAAGUUUCAUAGACUCCACCAACCCCCCCCCCCCAUUUUCUUCACUUUCUUAGCUCGUUCGAUGGCUCAAGUUAGAAACUUAGAAACACUGAUUGACAAAAAUUCAAAGCUGACUUUCGACGCUGCUUCUCAGAGUCCUUCUUUCGAGAUUGCCGGAUUCGACAAACUGGGUACUCUGAAAAUGGCGACAUGUGAUCCCCAAGUAUUUCCGGACAGAGGCGACAGGUCUGAGAGUUUCGUUCUGGAUAUGGAAAGCUUGGCUCGUAGCACCGAAAAAGACGUUACUGCGAAUUCAAGGAUAACAUUACAGAGAAGCUUGUCUCGAAAAGGGUCUCAACGAGAAGAAAGGAAGAUGACUGCUACACUUUCUUCUAUCAGUACCAGUGAAAGAGGCGAUUCUACCAUUGUUGCCUCCGCAGAUGAUGAUUCUAAUAAAGCAGGAGCAGCAGCAACAACAGAGGCACAGGGUUUGAUAGAAUGCAGCACGACGGCCAAAAAGACAACUGUAGUUGCAAUGGGGACCACAGAGCCCAUGAUAAACGGACAACAAGGGCAGAUGAUGAUGAUGAUGAUGAACAACAAUAACAAAUUAGAAAGCUUCAAUAGAUGCAAUAGUAGGAGAUACAGCGGCAGACGCUCUUCCUGGUUCCUCGAUCCUCGCAGAGUUGUUGUAUUUUUCGCCACUUUGUCAAGCAUGGGAACAAUACUACUAAUAUACUUCACACUCUCCAUCAGCAACAACCACCUCAUCAGCGCAGACGACUACUCUCACUCCCGGCAGUGACCCCUCUCCCACCCUUUGUGUUUUUGAUUGGUGUGGCAUUUUUUUCUAUGUUCCACUAUUUUCAUACCCUUUACAGCAAAGACUUUGUCUUGUGCUUUGCUUUGAUGUAAGCGACAAGCAAAUCAAUCUCAAAGAUUUUCAAUCUCAAAAUUUUUGCCAUCCAUUUUAUUCUGCUG